AUGGCGAAGGGAGGGAUGUUUUUGGAGAAGGCGAGGAGAUGUGUGAGGACGGUGUUCUUCAUGGUGGCGAUGGUGGCGUCGCUGCUGGUGUCGUCGCUGCCGGUGCUGGUGGCCAUAGGGGAUAUCAUGGUGCCCUGCGUUUUGAUAUCCAGCUUCACGUGCGUCACGUGCUAUGGCUUCAAGGAGCAUUUGCAUCGUUACGCCUUCAAGAGCUCCCUCGUCGAUGUUCCUCUCGUUUCCUUCAUCAGAUCUCUCAUCAUUACCUGUGUGUAUUCCAUGUGUGAUGGUCCCUCUCUAUCGCACGGUCCAUACCUUGGAACUGUGACUAUCUGUUCCUUUACCUCAAUUCUUGUUCUUUCAGUCAAAGUUUGUGUUUUCACUGUAAAUUCUCAAAUCGAGGCGGAAGCUUCGACUUCCCUCUCAAGGCAGAAGCUCCAUUUGAAGAAGUCAUGGGGAAUGCCUGUUCUAUUUCUGUCAUCAGUAGUUUUUGCACUUGGACAUACUGUGGUUGCAUAUAGAACAAGUUGCAGAGCAAGGAGAAAGCUAAUGUUUCACAGAGUUGAUCCAGAAGCUGUCCUUUUAUGCAAAAAUGUUUUCUCUGGCUAUCAGAAGGUUCCAAGAUCUCCCACUCCCUCUGGAGGAAAGACACCAAAAAGUGACAGUGAAAUGAGGCGUAAGCCUUUUGCUACAGCUAGAGAAGAAGGGGAACUCCCAGUCAGAGUAGUAGCUGACAUUGAUAGCUUAUUCAUCACAUGCCAGGGGCUGACUCUUCAUUACAAGAUUAGCUUGCCUGGUUCACCACCUCGUUCCUUAUCAUCCGUUGCAUUUCUUGAGUCAAAUCUAAGCUGCAGCUCCCCUAAAACAGCAAUGGGAAGGCCAAAGCCAGAUAGGCAUCCAUUAAGUUUGUUAUCUAAAGGCCAAAAUCAUCUUCACAGGAGCUACAGCAAUCAAUUUCAUGGAUCUUCUCUAUAUAUACCACUGUUGGAUGGUUCUUCAACUUCUCCUGCUCUUUCUGAAGAAAUUCCUGUUCUAAGACUAGCUGAUGCUGGUGAUCAGGAUGAGGGUAGUAAACUAAAUUCUGGGAAUCCAAACAAUGACAUGGAAGGGAGUGGUCAGUUUGGUAUUGUGUUAGUACAUGGGUUUGGUGGAGGAGUCUUCUCAUGGAGGCAUGUAAUGGGGAUGUUGGCUCGGCAGGUCGGUUGCACAGUUGCUGCUUUUGAUCGACCUGGUUGGGGCCUAACCUCAAGGCUGCGACGGGAAGAUUGGGAGGAUAAAGAAAUGCCUAAUCCUUAUAAACUUGAUUCUCAGGUUGAUCUGCUUCUUUCUUUCUGCUCUGAAAUGGGGUUUUCUUCUGUGGUGCUUAUUGGACAUGAUGAUGGAGGCCUUCUGGCUAUGAUGGCGGCUCAAAAAGUACAAGCAUCAUCAAAUUCUUUUAACGUUACAAUUAAAGGAGUAGUGUUGCUAAAUGUUAGCUUGUCAAGAGAAGUGGUCCCUGCUUUUGCAAGGAUACUCUUAAGAACUGCACUUGGGAAAAAGCAUUUGGUUCGUCCUUUACUGCGUACAGAAAUUACUCAAGUGGUGAACAGGCGUGCAUGGUAUGAUGCUACGAAGUUGACAACAGAUGUUUUGAGCCUUUAUAAGGCCUCUCUAUGUGUAGAAGGAUGGGAUGAAGCACUCCAUGAGAUAGGUAGACUGUCACAUGAGACAUUUCUUUCACCAAAGAAUGCAGAAUCGUUGCUGAAGGCAGUUGAAGACAUGCCAGUCUUGGUCAUCGCAGGUGCUGAAGACGCCCUUGUCUCUCUAAAAUCUUCUCAAGCUAUGGCUUCCAAACUUGUAAAUUCUAGACUGGUCGCGAUUUCGGGAUGCGGUCAUCUUCCUCAUGAAGAGUGUCCCAAGGCACUACUAGCUGCAGUCUCACCGUUCUUAACUAGACUAUUAGUCAAACAAGACUUGCAAAGCCAAUAGUGUACCUUAUUUUUUUUACGUCUAAUUAGGGUAUUUAUCAUCAAGCUGAUAGAAAUUAGAGUUUUAUCUGUUGUAGGCUUCUCUUCUUUUCUUCAUAUUUCUCUUUUCUCUUUUGUUUUCUUGUUAAGCAGUUUAGCCCAAGGGAAGAGACUAAAGUCAAUCUCUUCUUUUUGGUAUUUUUGAUGCGUUAGUUUGGAGCCUUACCCUAGGUUACACCAUUCAUUAGGGGUUUUAGAGCUCGUUCAUUUGUAAUUUCAUAUCCUCCCUUUGGAAUGUUUACUGUUGUUGCUUAAACAGUACUUGUUAUCUACCACUAACUGGGGUGGCAGAUGGCAUAUAUCUGUACAUUUUAUCAAAUCCUG